CGCGCUUCCGACCCGUCGACGCCGGAGCACGCCGCCAGCGCCGCGCACGUCGACGAGCCAGACGACGUCGCGAUGUCCGCGUCGCACCUCCAAGGCGUCGUGAACGAUGAGUUCCGAAUGUCCGGGCUCUCGCUGCGACGCGACGCCAUGGCCGCCGUGCUGACCUUCCUCGACCGAAGCGACGACGCGAACGCGGCGCUGACGGACGUCCUCGACGCGCUGGACACCAAGUCGCUGUCGUCGUCGAUCGUCGGCGCGGACGUCAUCGCGGACAUCACGUCCGCGUUGGACCGCAAGCGCGGCGUCUUCGGCGGCCCGUCCACGCCCGCGGGAGGGGGCUCGCCCGGCGACGACGAUCUGAACGACGACGACGCGAACGGCGGAGGAGGAGGACGCGGCGCGAGCGCGAGCGCGAGGAGAGAAGACCACCUCGCCGCGAUGUUGGACGCGUCCGACGGGAUAACGAUCGUGGACGCGUUCGACGUCCCGAGGUUCACGUACGACACGCAGAGGAAGGUGUUCCACGAGGACGCCGCGGGGCCGCGCGCGAGAUCCGUCUGCGCGACGAGCGCGGAUUCGAAGAUCGAGCUCUACCGCGAGCGAUUCCUCCUCCUUCAGCAGCGACUCGCGCGGCAUCGGAUGUUCACGAAGCCGUCGUUCGCCGCGGGCGCGCGCGCGUCGGAGCGGACGUACUGCGAGAUCACGCCUCUGACCGGGCUGCUCGGGUGCGCGCACCAGACGAGGUACGUCAUGGGAUGCCUCUCGCAGCUCGAGGACGAUCGAUUCUUCCUCGAGGACCUCACCGGGCAGAUCCAAGUGGACGUGACGAACGCGGCGACGAGCAGCGGGUUGUACACGGAGAACUGCAUCGUCGUCGCGGAGGGCGAGGUGAGGAAGCGCGACGGCGUGUUCGAGGUGAGGGCGUUGGGGUUCCCGCCCGCGGAGUCGAGAGAGGAGACGCGCUCGGCGACCAACCACGUCGACUUUUUCGGCGCCGGACGCCUCUCCCCGAGCGACGUUUCGCGUCUCACGGAAGAUGAAGCGGCGGCGUCGGAGGACAUGUUCGUCGUCCUCGCGGACGUGUGGCUGGACAAGGAGGCGACGUUCAAGAGGCUGCGGACCGUGUUCGAAGGGUUCGACUCGCUCGAGACGAUUCCCGGGAUGUUUGUCUUCAUGGGAGACUUCACGUCGGAGCCGUUCGGACCCACCAAGUACGACUACAGCGGCUACGCCGCCGGGUUCGAUCAGCUCGCGACGUUGAUCGAAGACUUCCCGCGUUUACGACAAGAGGCGCGAUGGGUCUUCGUCCCGGGGCCGGGCGACCCGGGCGUCGCCGCGGCGCUGCCGCGGCCGCCGCUGUUGCCGAGUCUGACGGGGAGGCUUCGCGACGCGUUGCCGCGCGUCGCGUUCGCGUCCAACCCGGCGCGGAUCCGAUACAAGAGCCAAGACCUGGUGUUCAUGCGCGAAGAUUUGCAAUCGCGGAUGCGAAGGAACUGCAUCUUGCCCCCGACGGAGCUGGACGACGUCCGAGGGAAGGACAUCAGAGCGAAGGAGAAGGAUAUCGCCGCGGGAGGUGGAGGUUCCGCCGCGGACGCCGCGUUCGACGCGGCGCGCGACGACGAGAUGGACGCGGAGACGGACGCGGACGAAGGCGACGACGAGCCGUCCGAGUGGGAGCGCCGGCCGCUCUUCCGCCACCUCGCGGCGACGCUCGUGCAACAAGCGCACCUCGCGCCGCUGCCGCUCGCGCAGCUGCCCGUGUACUGGGAGCACGACCACGCGAUGCGGCUGUACCCGGCGCCGCACUGCCUCGUGUUGGGCGACCGCACGGAGCAGCAGGCGCUCGCGAAGUUCGAGGACACGGAGCUCGUGAACCCGGGGUGCUUCGCGGACGACGGGUCGUUCGCGGUGUACCGGCCGGCGACGCGGGAGGUGGAGUUCUCCGCGGUGCCGUGAGGAGACGAACGACGUUCGGACGGGGGAGAGGGGCGGGCGAUUCAUCUGAUGAAUCUGAUUGAAAUUGAACGACGACGCGAGAGUCGUUCGAGAAUCGUCGUCGUCGUCGCGCGAUACGUACGCGCUCAAGCUAACGCGUGCUCGCGCACGCGCGCGGCCA